CUUCUUAUUUUCAAACAUUCAUUUUCACUUCCUCUCUCUCAUUCAAUUUUCCAUUUUUCCGUUUAAAUCAAACUCUUAAAUCACCCAAUGCAAACCACCGUCUCCGGCAACCACCAAACCACCAGAUGACGUCAUUCUCAACCACCGUCAUCACCAUCAUCACCCUCACUCUCAUCCUCCACCUUGCCUCCACCGUCCGCACCCUCGGCGGCUCCGCCACCACCAUCUCCAUAACCUACGGCUCCAACACCACCAUCUGCGGCAUCGUCGCCGGUCAACCAAGUCAACACAUCCAAUGCUGGAGCAACGGCGGAGUGUUCGACGUAUACUCCAACAUCUCGUUCCAAUCCAUCGCCGGCGGCCGUGACGUCUUCUGCGGCGUACGGUCCGGCGGUUCAGCUCUCCUCUGCUGGAACCAGAACCAGAACCAGAACCAGAACCCUAAGUGGACUCCAAAACGGUUAUACUUCAACGAAACGGUUACUUUGAGUCGGUUAGUUAUCGGAGACACUCAAAUUUGUGCGAUUAGUAAUAGCACCGGUUCAAAUGUCUAUUGUUGGAGAGAUCGUGAGAGGUUUUCGGUUCAAACCGGCCGGUUUGAGUCGGUUUCGUCCGGUUUAGGGUUUACGUGUGGUGUUGCGUUGAACAAUAGCAAUGGAAUUAUAUGUUUUGGAACUAAUUUAGAGCUUGCUAGUUAUAUUCAAGGGCAAUUUAGUAAUUUUCGUAUGUUAAAUGUUGUUGUAGGUGGUGAUCAUGCUUGUGGAGUGAAUUCUACCGGUUUUUUGAUAUGUAGAGGUAAUAAUAAUAAUGGAAAAAUUGAUGUACCGGAUCAUUUACCGUUUGAGUUUUCUGCGGUUGCACCCGGUUUGAAUCAUACUUGCGCGUUGCGAAAAACGAAUAAUACUGUCGCGUGUUGGGGUCGUGUUGGGAAUGUUGGCGAUUUUUUUCCGGUUGAUGUGUAUUUUGAAUCCAUUGUUGCUGGGUUGGAUUUUACUUGUGGAUUGACUACUAAUAAUCUGUCUGUAGUUUGUUGGGGAGAAGGGUCGGUUAGAAGCGGUUCGAAUGGGUCGCUUCCGUUGAGAACAAUUCUUCCAGGUCCAUGUGUUAGAUCUGGUGCUUGUAAAUGUGGACCGUAUACUCAGUCGGAUAGUCUUUGUUCCGGUUUUGGAUCGAUAUGUAAGCCUUGUGAUUUAUCUAACGGAUUGCCGUCAAAUCCGCCAAUGUUGGCACCACCGUCACCUAACGAGCCACAUUCUUCGCCUUCGAGGGCGUUGAGAAGAGGGUUAUUGGCGUUUGCGAUUGUUGGAUCAGUUGGGGCUUUGGCGGGUAUUUGUACGAUAAUUUAUUGUUUGUGGACUGGUGUUUGUUGUGGGAACAAAAGGAUUCACAAUUCUGUUCAACCUACAAUCAAUGGUCCUGGGGCUGCUACUCAAUUGUCAAACAGCAGCCCUGUUUCGAGAUCUUCUACGAUCCGGCGACAAGCAUCGAGAGCGUUUAGAAGGCAAAGAAGUGGGACGUCUUCGAAACAUGCUGAUCGAGAAGAGGAGUUUACUUUCGAUGUCUUAGCAUUAGCGACUGAUAAUUUCUCGCAAGAGAAUAAAAUAGGUGCAGGGAGUUUCGGUGUGGUGUACAAAGGCAAGCUGUUAGACGGACGCGAAGUCGCGAUUAAAAGAGGCGAAACGAGUCAGAAAGCCAAAAAGUUUCAAGAGAAAGAAAGCGCGUUUGAUUCAGAACUGGCUUUCUUAUCUCGGCUACAUCACAAGCACUUGGUCAGGCUCGUCGGGUAUUGCGAGGAAAGGGAAGAAAAACUGUUGGUUUACGAGUACAUGAAAAAUGGAGCGUUGUAUGAUCAUUUACAUGACAAGAAAAACGUCGAGAAGAAUAGCAGCGUUUUGAAUUCUUGGAAAAUGAGAAUCAAGGUUGCAUUAGACGCUGCUAGGGGAAUCGAAUACCUUCAUAGUUAUGCAGUUCCGCCUAUAAUUCAUAGAGACAUCAAAUCAUCUAACAUCUUACUCGACGCGAAUUGGGUUGCUAGAGUUUCUGAUUUCGGGUUAUCUUUAAUGGAUUCGGAGUGUGACUCAGAGCACAGACCGACUAAGGCAGCUGGGACAGUCGGCUAUAUUGAUCCAGAAUACUAUGGACUAAACGUAGUCACUGCGAAAAGUGACGUCUAUGGUCUUGGAGUUGUCAUGCUAGAGCUUUUAACAGGCAAAAGAGCGAUAUUUAAAAGUGAUGAUGAUAACGAUGAUACACCCAUAAGUCUAGUGGAUUACGCUGUACCCAUAAUCUCUUCAGGCGAAUUGGCAACGAUAUUGGAUAAAAGGGUAGGGCCGCCGGAUGCGAAUGAGGUGGAGGCGGUGGAGCUAAUGGCAUACACUGCUAUGCAUUGUGUGAACUUGGAAGGUAAAGAAAGACCAACGAUGACUGAUAUUGUGGCUAAUUUGGAAAGGGCUGUGUCACAUUGUGAUGAUAGCCAUGGAAGCAUUUCCAGUGGUCAAAUUUCAAUUAUUUCUGAAUGAAUUUAUAGGUUUUUUUUUUAAUUUUUUUUAUUUAUUGGUUUGAUUUUUACAAAUAUUUUGAGGGUGAUUUCAUCUGGGUAUAUAUAUGUAAAGACCAAAGAGGCAAAGGUUAGGAUUCUUUCAUGUUCUUUUGUUAGUCUAAGUGUCAAACAUCAGCUUACAGUACAAGAUUUUGCUGCACUA